AUGGAACCAAGAGUUGCGAAAAAACCAAGAAUACCAUCAGUCUGUGUCGCAUGCAAAGCACAAAAAUUGAAGUGUGAUCGUGUCCACCCUCAAUGUUCAAGAUGCGUACGUGUAGGAAGAAUAUGCUCUUACAAUUAUGGUCAAAGUGAAGCACUACCUGUAUCAAACCAAAUUGAGACUCCGGCAAGCAAUAUCAGCUCAGGUGUCAGUGUUCAAUCAAUCAGCCCAAAUAUUAUAUCAAGUAUUAUGACAAACAAUUCCUUUGCUGAUGCUAGAGAAUUUAAGGUAGAACCAUCUGGAUUCAAUGAAAAACUUGAAAUGUGGGAUAUAAACAAGCAAUUCCUCAGUCAUGGAUAUCAUACAUACGUUGAUUUACCAUAUGCUACACACAGUAUAGCUCAACAUGACCCAUACCUGAGAUUCUUUUGUCCAUCUGUACACGGAACGACACUCACGGACUUGCAAAGCAGACUGGAAUACAUCAAAUAUAAUAACAAUGACGACAAAGGGCUUAUCAACUCUGGACUUUUAAAAACUGUUAACGAAAUCAGUCCUCUCAUGUUUAUUGAAGAUGCUGUGGUUAAAUGGGUAGCCAAGACAAACGAUAAUGUCAACAAUCAAUUACCUUGGGAGUACUUCAAUACAAUAUUUACAAUCGAAGACAGAAUGCAUCCAUCUUUAGUUUCUACAAUUAAGAAAUUAAUCACUGAGGUUGAACUUUUAUUACCACAUAAAAAGAAAAUUAAUAAACUUUUGAAGCAUUUCUAUCAAAAUAUAUAUCCAUUUUACCCACUAAUAGAAAUACCUCUAUUCGAAAGCGAUAUAAGGAAAAUAUUAAUUGAUGAUGGAGUCAGUUUAUCAUACACUAUUCUCAUCUUUCAAGAAAACAUUAGGGAACGUUUAGAAAGCUUAACAUUAUUUCUUAUAAUUAUUUGCUUGACGCUUCGAGAUCCUAAUUUGAAUAGUGAGGAAAUAAUCUUAUACGACCAGGAAUCAGGAUAUAUAGCUACAAAGCUGUUGUUACUUUCUCAAAAGAUAUUAUCCUUAUUAAAUGGAUUUAAAUACACUACAGAAAACAUCCUGUGUUGUUCGCUAUAUCUCUUAAUAUCGGAAAUAUUAAACCCAGGAAAUGCCGAAGAACACAUCUCACAUAAUAGUAUACUAACAUUAAAAUGUUUAACAGACAUGGCAUAUACUCUCGGUCUGCACGAAGAACCAUCACAAUUUGUAAGAUAUUUUGAUAGACAAAUACCAUUUCAGCCAUUUUUCAUGUAUAGAAGAAAAUUGUGGAUAGGACUGCAAUCAUUAAGACUUGAGAUUAUAACUGCUGACGGUGGAUGUAGAGAUUCUGACUUUGAAUAUCUUGAAAUCUUUAUCAAUAAUACUAAAUCAUCUAUCCCAUCGUUUAUCGAACAAUUUAAUACCUCUACACUUACAGAUCGAAAAAUAUUUGUUUUACAUGAUAAUAAGUAUCAGUUCCAUAUGUUAAUGAAUAAACUAAUGGUAAACUGUGGUCCCCAAUGCAAGAAUCCAAAUUUGUAUGAUAUUCAUCAAGCAAUAGAACGGUUGAAAGAAUUUACAUUUAGAAAAUUUCCAUUAUCUAAGCUUCUAAACGAUGAUGAUAACAAGCAGUUAGUGCAAAUGGAAUGGAGAGGUGCACAUUUUAAUAUAUCAUCUAUUGAAAAGACAGUAAUACUAAGAAUAAAUCUAAUUUUCUUUUCAAGUUUGAUGAAUAUAUUUUAUAUGUUAUCACUCUAUUUUGAAAAAAAAUGUUGCCAAGAAUUAGAAAAAUAUCAAAAGUAUUAUCACCAAUUCGUCUUACAAUGCUUUGAUACAUACCUUGAAUUGACGUCGUUGGUAAAGAAGUACCUUGAUGGUGAAUAUGCAGCAGUUAUAUUGCGUUCCCAUGAAUAUUGCAUCAACAAAUCUGUCGCAUUUAUUGUAAUUAAAAUUCAAAGCAUUCAACUUGGACUAAUAUUGAGAAUUUGUUAUAAAAGUUCUAUUUUACAGAAUAAGGACACCUCCAAUAAAUAUAUCUUCUUAGAAAGGCCAGACACUACUGAAGGGAUCAUGCUUGAAAAGCUACAUGAUAUAUCUGGUCUGAUAAAGAAUCAAAUAUAUGGUAUCAUACACAGUACGCUUUCGAAAUAUGGUGAUACAUAUUUUGGUUGUUAUCAAGUUAUGUUGAUGGGAAAGUAUGUUUAUUAUAUAAUUGAAAAUAAUCUUCUUGUCAAGAUUACAGACGAUUAUUGGCGUAAGGCGAGCGAAACGGAUGAGAUUCCUCUCAAAAUAUUAGAUAUGAUGAAAUUGAAAUGGGGACUGGGCCCCCUUGACAUAAACAUUGUGCUAUAUUAUACAACCAACCCUAUUGCUCUUGCUGGAUUUAACUAUACCCUCCUGGAUAUGAUGAAAGAUGUUCUUGAACAAGCUAGUGUCUAUGACAACUUAACAGUGGUACCUAGAAAUCCUGAAAUUUCCUCUAACGAGCAAGAGGUUCUACAGCAAUUGUUGCAGUCUAACUUUGAAUUAUUCUCGGGAGUGAUCGGUGAUAGUUUGGGUUCUUUACCUACAAUAUGA